AUGAAGCUGCUCCCUUACAUCCUGACAAUUGCCAUCGGCAUAGCGUCCAUCUUUGCAGCCAAACCGUCCAUCGGCAGCGCUCUCAGCAGCGCUCUCAGCAGCGCUCUCAAUCAUCUCACCACGAACCUGUGGGGGGGAGCACCAACAUCACAACAGACACCAAUAGCACAGCAAGCACCGACAUAUUACAACGCCGUGUCGGCAGACGAGAAGCAAAUCGUCUCGGAAAUGGCCGUCCCCCGACCAAUUAGCAAGGUAUUCUUGGCCGUCGAGCAGGGUGAGGGUGCAGGGGCCCGUGUCCGCCGGGCCAUCGGCACGCCGAAUCUACGGAAUCUAUCGCCGUUUUUGAUGCUGGAUCAUUUCAGUAUCAGUCCUGGAGCAGGAUUUCCUGAUCACCCUCACCGCGGCCAAGAGACAAUAACAUACCUCCUCUCCGGAGCCGUAGACCACGAAGAUUUCGCUGGCAACAGCGGCACCAUCGAAGCCGGAGACCUUCAGUUCAUGACGGCCGGCCGUGGCAUAGUCCACGCCGAGAUGCCGCGGCAGAACCCCGAUGGCAGCGCCAACGUCGGUCUCCAGCUCUGGGUCGACCUCCCCUCCAACCUGAAGGCGUGCGAGCCGCGGUACCGCGACCUGCGCGCCUCCGAGAUACCGGCCGCGCGCGACGUAGACUCGGGCCGCGCCACCGUCAAGGUCAUCUCCGGCCAGUCUCACGGCGUCGACUCCGUCAAGGACCUGGCCUACACGCCCGUGUGGAUCCUCGACGUCGAGCUCCGUCCCGGCGCAAAGGUCGACCAACCCGUCCCCCGCACCUGGAACGCCUUCGCCUACGUCCUCGAGGGGGACGACGUCGUCAUCACCGACGGGACGGCAUCCGAGAGCGGCGGCGGUGACGGCGGUGACGCCAGGACGAGGCAGGUCCAGCCGUACAACGUCGUCGUAUUCGGAAAGGAGGGAGACAUGAUCCACGUCGAGGCCGCCCCCAAGGCUACCAAGCCGGCCAGGAUCAUCAUCAUCGCCGGUAUGCCGCUCAACCAGCCCGUAAUCCAGUACGGCCCCUUCGUCCUCACUACAAAGGACGAAGUCUACAAGGCCAUCAUGGACUAUCAGUCUCAUUCCAAUGGCUUUGAGCGUGCCAAGGGUUGGCAGAGUGAGAUUGGAAAGACUAUGAUGUAG